AUGCUUAAAAAUGAAAUUUAUACAAUUUGUAUUAUUAGGCAAUUACACACAAAUUUUAAACCAGGUUUUAGUUAUGAAGUAGAUGAAAUGUGUAAGUUUUCAGGUCCUUUAGUAAUAGAGUUUGAUAAUUCUAAUAUUAUAAAAGAAUUACUUCAUGAUGUAGUAUUUCAACCAUUUACAUUUAUUAUAGAUAAGCUUACAGUUUUUGUUCCAAAGAUGGGUACAGAAUGGAAUAAUGAAUGGAAUAGAGUAAGUAAAGAAUUUAUUUCAACUUUUUCAUCAAAAUUUAGAAGUAAUGAAUAUAUAGCAAGAUAUGAAGGGAGUAAAUUGACAGAAGUUUGGAAAAAAGUGGGUGUGAUGAAGAAAAUUGAUGGAAAG